AUGUGGCUCGAUCGGCUGACAACGGGCUCCGGAACUCCCAGCGGCUCUAUUACUCCCUCGAGACCGUACUCUCCCUCUCCGCGCAAGAACUCGCACCUCGGCCCUGUCCAACGCAGUGGUCUUGGGCUCUCCGCCAAUAGAUCCAACUCCUCACUUGACUUGAGCGCGAACACAUCUUCGUCGUCACUGGCACUACCCCCACGGCCAACAAAUGGAUCAACAUUGCGUUUUGAGCAGAAGCCACCUCCAGAUGUCGCCGAUCCUGUGAAGGUCCUGCGCGGUAUACUGGGAGAGACAGGUGAUAAAGGAGACGUGGUACCUUCCAGCAAGGCAGGCACUUCUGGAACAAGUCCCAUUGACUUUGGAGGUCUCAGUCUGCAAGAGUUCGUCGACCAAGAGACUCUGCCACAGCCCACAACCACAAGCCAAACAAUAGAUGUCUCGGCCAAGCAAAACCGAGAGAGAUAUAAGGAUUUCCAUGCAUCUAUAGCAGAAUGUGAUGAUGUGCUCAAGACAGUCGAAAUAUACUUCACCAACUUCAAGGCAGAACUAGGCCAAGUGUCUGCGGAAAUCGAAAACCUCCAGGCUCGUUCGAUUCAGCUGAACGCCAAGCUUGACAAUCGUCGUAAGGUGGAACGAUUACUCGGUCCUGCUGUCGAAGAUGUCAGCCUGUCGCCCUAUACAGUGAGGGCCAUCGCCGAGGGUCCUAUCGACGAAACCUUUUUGAAAGCUCUCAAUGAGGUAGAAGCGAGAUCUGCUAUUGUCAAGGAGAAGAAAUCGGAACAGGUCAAAGCUCUCCAAGAUCUCAAACCAAUAUUGGACAACCUGAAAGCCAAAGCGGUUGAGCGAAUACGAGACUACAUCGUGUCUCAGAUCAAAGCACUGAGAUCGCCCAACAUCAAUGCCCAGGUCAUCCAGCAGCAAACUUUUUUGCGGUACAAAGACCUGUAUGCCUUUCUUUCUCGUGCCCACCCUACGCUAGCCGAAGAGAUUGCCCAAGCCUAUGUCAACACUAUGAGAUGGUAUUAUAGCAGCAAUUUCACCCGGUAUCAACAAGCACUCAUGUCGCUCCAACUGCAUACAUUCGACCAAUACGACCUUCUCGGUUCAGAGCCCGCUCCUGCACGACGAGCGGUCCUCGGUGCUUCAAGCAAGCCUGGAAACCCACAACACGAUUCGUUUGGGUUAGGCCGGCGGGAAGAUGUUCUCAAGUCCAAAAACGACGCUGCGUUACCAGCACACCUCGCGGAGGACGGCAAGUCAACACACUACCUCGAAAUACCCUUUCGCAAUUUCAACCAAGCCCUCACCGACAACGUUUCGGCCGAAUACUCUGUGGUGACGGAGCUGUUCUCGACUAGCACGUUUCAGCAGAUAUCCCGUCGAGUUACCGAGAUCUUUGAACCCACGUUUACGAUGGGCCAUAACCUGACCAAGCAACUCGUGGAAGACACAAACGACUGUCUAGGCAUUCUUCUGUGUGUCCGACUUAAUCAGCAUUUCGCAUUCGAGCUGCAACGACGCAAAAUCCCCGUCGCCGACCCUUACAUCAACUACACCAACAUUCUUCUAUGGCCGCGCUUUCAAAAGGUCAUGGACCUUCAUGUCGAGUCCCUCAAAAAGGUCCCUACACCAUCAGCUCGAGGCGCCAGUGCAGCAUUCUCGCUUGUGGGCGGUGGACCAGACGCAUCCAAGUCGUCCCUCGCCCCGCACACCAUCACCCAGCACUUUGGCCAAUUCUUGCAUGGCAUCCUCAUGCUCAGCGCCGAGGCCGGAGACGACGAACCCGUCGCCAACAGUCUGGGUCGGCUACGUUCCGAGUAUGAGACGGUCAUGAGGAAACUGGCCAAGGGUGUAGCAGAUCCUAGUAAGCGGUCGAGGUUCUUGUAUAACAAUUACAGUCUUAUCUUGACUAUUAUCAGCGACACUAGAGGAAAGUUGGCCGAUGAACAAAAGGAACACUAUGGCGGGUUGGUGAGGGAUUUGAAAGGGAGGUAG